AUGCAACUACUCGGGAGCAUACGAGUACCUUCAAAAGGUUAUCGACAACAAUCUACCGACAGGCUGUUCGCCCCACCGACGCCGGCCGCACGUCAAUUGUGCAAUGAGACUGACCUAUCCGUCCUGCCGCGAAAGCCACAUGCGUCGGCUAACUCACUGACACGUGAACAGUCUGAACGUAAGCGCCAUAUUUUAAUGUGCCCGCUUAAAAGUUGA